UCUGAUUUUCUGGCCGCUUGGUCAUUCAAGCGCGCUUUAUCGACCGGCUACUUCUCGAUUGUGAAAGAAAUAACUUGAUUGCUGAGAUUCACGCUGAUCAUCCUUAAUUUAGGUGCGAACAGAGUGUUGAUGUCAGCGAUUCACCGUAAAAGAAACGAAGCUGCUGGUCGAGAUGCAGUUCUUUUUCCAUAGUAAUCAUAGCUAGCUAAUAGUCACCUGGUGCCUUUCUCAUAGCUCGGACAAUGGCAAGAGGGAGAGCAGCCACGAUAAUUUCGAUUGUGAUCCUGGCUGUUGCAUGCCUUCCUUCUAUCGCGAAAGUCAAGGUCCACGCGGAGGCGUCCUUGAACGAGACCGUGCAUUACGAUGAUUACGCCAUUAAGGAAAACGUAGUACUCCUCUCUCAUGAAACUGAAAACAAAACCGAUGAAUCCUCGUAUGAUCAUCCUCACAGAAUGUCCGGGAAACCAACUAAGUUUGACAUAGAGUUUCAUACGGACGACAAAGCGGAUUAUCAAAUUGAACCGUCGAGAAUGAUUAAUGUGACAGCUAAUCCGAUUGAAAUGAAUUCAACGACCAGCCAGUCUCUAUCGAAUUCGACAGAAUGCAGAGAGAAACUCAUGGUCUCUUGCAUCCGAAAAGACUUCUCGGAUUUUCUUGAUCAGCUGUCAAGAAUUGACACGUACAACGUAACGGAAUCCGUGCAAAUAAUAAGAAAUCCUGAAGCAAAUGUUACAUAUAAUGAUCAGAAGAAGAAUGACGAUUCAGACUCGACUCUUCUAGAUAAGGUUCAUCACUAUGCCAGAACGCAUGUCAUGAAGAUACAGCUGAACAAGGAUCUGAGCCUUGCUAGCAAAGCCAGGACGUUCUUUGGUUCCGUCUUUCAGGGAAAGAGUACCUUUUUAACAGGAUUCGGACUUGGUUUUCUAGCGUUCGGUCUGAAGAAACUAUUUCUACCCCUGCUCUUUGGUGUGCAGAUAAUUAAGAGUAUAUUACUCGCCCUCUUCCUACCGAGUAUUAUUGGCAGUAUUGGUAAUAUUGUUGGAAAAGGCGUUUCGUCCUUUGCGCAAUCCUCGCAUAAUCCGGCUGUAGUACCCGAGGAAAAUUUCGAGUUCAAGGAUAACACUGACCUGUACAACGACGACUACUUGACACGACAACCCGUAGGAACGUUACCAGCAUCCGCCAUGUACGACGAGAGCAUGAUGCAAACGCAGAAAAGCCCGGAUAUUGCGUCUCGCUAUGCAUUCGUCGACACAAAAAUAUCUCACGCAAAUGCGCUUUCGGAUCGUUAUUAUACGCGACACGUGGCUUCGCACGGACUUUCUAAAAAACAAGACUUUAAGGUCUUCCACGAGAUUCCGACGAGCUCCUUGCUUCUGACGAACUACGAUCCGUUCUAUUCACCUUUGUUGUCGCGUCUCGACGCCGUCUUCUUUCGUCUGGGCCACAACACGGAAGGCUGCAGGGAAUACGCGGUGUGUGCAAUGUAUCGGAGUCCUGCAAGAUACGCACCUUACUCGAACCUGGUCUCCGCCCAGCUGUCCAGGGAAUUGAACGAGCUGAGGAAACCCAGCAGCGACAAUCCCGAUGUUCUGCGCUUCUUCAGGUACAUGAAGGCCGCCAAGGACGGCCAGGAUGGCGUCAAGUGCGAAGAGAUCUACGCUGGCUGCGCGAAUGGUCGUGAGGAUCAGGUUCCGAAGCAGAAUCAAGCGAUGCUGGCGACGUAUCAAGACAUCAAUAAGCUUGUUCAGGCCAGAAAGAUCUAAGAAAACAUAUUUCGUCCAUUAGCAUUGCUGUCAAUUGCGAAUGCGACAAAGAAAGAAGAUGCGUCUUGGAUUUAGUUUCAGAAAUCGCCUGCACAAUUUUGAAUUCAUUAGUGCAGUUGCUCAAAAAUUUAGCGUCCACUCUUAAUUCGUUCGUAGAUUUUGUACGUAUGUAGAGUUGAUAGACAUUUUCUCUUAGAGCAGAUUAUCACACAUAGAUAAAGCGCUCGUUUGAAGCCUCAAGACGCAAAAGAAGAUUUUCAUUCUCGAAGGAAUUUAUUAAUUUUUGAUUUUACUAAUUUUAGAAUAGUAUUUAACAUUCUUUGAAACUUCCUCGGUUUAGACUUCCUUAGAGUUUGAGGGUCUUACAAUUAGAUGAAAGGGUUUGAAAUCGAUUUGCGCUUGAGGCUCUUGAGACAGUCAUAAU